CCCCAACACCGUCACUACAGACUACUUGAUAGAAUUCCACGAUGUAUUUCAUGUUCUAUUUCGAUGAGUAGCUAUUCACCAGGAAUACCCACCUCAUUUGACCCUGCACUCCUCUCUGAAUUCGAAAUCCUCCACGACGCGCCUGCAUCACUCUCCUACUCCGACGAGAUCGACGCAAUACAGCAGUGCGUCACGGAAGAGAAAGCUAAGAAGAACAGAGCAGGAGUUGUCAUUCAGCAUCGCGCUUGGAAGAUAACAGACAUAUUCCGGAGUGAAGGAGAAGCCCCAAUCGACACACCUCUCAAGCAGCGGACGCAGUGGCCAGUCAAGCACUUUCGUGCUGGCUCCUCAACUGAAAGUCACAUCUUCCCUUCAUCACCGCCAGUCUACGCGAUGCCCCUCAUCUCCUCGCCGGUCGCGUAUCCGCCGAGCUCCUCUAUGCCGCAAGCCUCGUCACCGAAGAAGCGGAAGCGCUCAAUUGAUGUGCGAGAGCCGCUAAAGGAUGUACAGCACACCAACGCUAUGCGCAAGAUUGGUGGCUUUUUGGACGACUCAGACGAUGAGGAUGACAUCGCUGCGCUAAAGGAACACACCCUGAAGAGAAGGGCAGUCAGCAGUAUCAAAGACCUGCCCUCGGCUCUAGAUGGCUUUGCAGACUACACACCACCAGCUAGCCAAGAUGAUAUCGCGGACCCAGAGACAGUGCCGGUGGGUGAGCUUGACAAAUACAGCUUCGAAUCGCAAUCUCAGUCACCGAUCGAACGCCCUCCGUCAGCCCAAGAGCCGACAUCAGCGCAGCCCAUGCGUGGAACAGUCGCUCGCAACUCGUCUGGCAAAGCAAUUUAUAUACCGAAGAAAGCGAAGCGCGAGGCUGUAUCAUAUGAACAACUGAUUGCAGCACGGUCUGUUGCAACCGAAGGCAAAGCUAGGACAAGCUACUAUGGACUCAACAUACACGAGCUGAUGGACGAAGCGAAGGCCCUGGAUUUAGAGAAGGCUGUCAACCGAGCACAUAUAGUCGAAGACUUGCCGCAGGCAUCGAUUGAACAGCCAAUCAGUAAAAAUGGGAAGAGCAACCGGACACUGAUGUGGACGGAGAAGUACCGAGCAAAGAAGUUCACGGAUCUUGUCGGAGAUGAGCGAACACAUCGGUCAGUCCUGCGAUGGCUCAAAGCAUGGGAUCCGAUAGUCUUUCCUGGAUCUAGCAAGGCAAAACCCAGGGCUGCGAAGAAGGGAUUUGAAGAAGAAGAGCAGAGGCAUCGCAAGAUUCUACUUUUGACCGGGCCGCCAGGACUUGGAAAGACCACGCUAGCUCAUGUGUGCGCUCGACAAGCUGGGUAUGAAGUUCAAGAGAUCAACGCGUCUGAUGAGCGAAGCCGAGAUGUGGUCAAGGGACGCAUACGGGACAUGGUGGGCACAGAGAACGUUCGGGGUAUUAGCACCAAUACAUCAAACGGAAAAGCGCGAAAAGCGGGCAAACCGGUCUGCGUGGUCGUCGACGAAGUAGACGGCGUGGUAGGCGGAAGCGGUGGAGGAGGCGAAGGUGGCUUCGUGAAGGCGCUCAUCGACCUAAUCAAUCUCGACGAGAAGAACUCCAAAGCCAUUGGGCAGCAGCAAACUACGACGGGCACGAAGAAGAGGAAAGGCGACAAAUUCCGACUCCUGCGACCGCUGGUCCUCAUUUGCAAUGAUCUAUAUCACCCUUCAUUACGACCGCUGCGACAGUCUUCCAUGGCUGAGAUCAUUCAUAUCCGGAAACCCGCACUGAACAUGGUAGUUACGCGCAUGCAAGACAUCUUCGUGAAGGAAGGAAUACAGUGCGAUUCUGACGGUGUCCGGCGUCUAUGCGAAGCCACAUGGGGCGUGAGUACGAAGAAAGAGGGGGGCACGGGUAGUGGUACCGGGGAGGGCGAUAUCCGUGGAAUCAUGGUGGUCAGUGAGUGGGUGGCAGGACGUUUACGAUCGUCAAACAACUUGAAGCCAAAGGAUAAGCCGCAUCUCACGCGAAAAUGGAUCGAAGAUAACUUUAUUAACGACCUCCGCCACGGUGGUGGAGCUGCACGUAGCCUGGGUCGAGGAGGUGCAAAGGAUGUUGUUGAUCGUGUCUUCCGCGAAGGAGCCGGAUUUCCGAAGCAGGCCGAAACUACAGACCCUCGAACAGCAGCUUCCCGAGCGAAGAACGGCGUUAUUGGUGUCGCUGAAGGUGCGAAACGACGUGCUAUGGAACGGCUCAGGGAGAUGGUUGACACGAGCGGGGACUGCGAUCGCAUCGUAACAGACUGCUUCACAGCCUAUCCCGAUAAGCCUUUCCAAGACGACACCCUCCUCAGCAAACCAACUUCCGCAUACGAAUGGCUACACUUCCAUGACACUCUCAACUCCGCUGUUCAUGGCUCCCAAGAGUGGGAGCUCGCACCCUAUCUCUCAAAUUCCGUCUUAGCAUUCCAUAACCUCUUCGCCUCCCCCGCACGAUCAACUUCAAACCCCAAUGUAGAUUCGGAUGCGCCGCCUAUGCCUUUCACAGGUCCUGGAGCUAAUUUUGCAGCAGCGGAGCAGUUUAAGGCGAGUAGGAGCCAGUUGAUGGCACUACAAACAUCACUAAGUCUACCACUGACACGUAUGUUCCGCAGCCCAGAGGAGAUGGCCAUGGAGUUGAUUCCCUUUGUCCUGCGCAUGCUCUCACCAGAUGUCAAACCCGUAAUCGUCAAUACAGGCCCUUCAGGCUCCAAGUCCUUCGCCACCGCCUCUGUACGCAAAGCUUCCGAGAAAGCACUCGUGAAGCAGGCUGUCGAAGCGAUGGCUGCGACCGGCGUUCGUUUCGAAAAGUCCAGGAUCGAGAUCGACGACGUUGCAAACCGCAGCGCUGGCUUUGUUUGGCGCAUGGAACCAAGCCUCGAUGUCCUUGCAGCUUUCGAGACUCUAGGUGGGAAAAAGGACGAGAAAGUCCGCUACGCAGUUCGUAGCGUUCUCGAACAAGAAUGGCGCAAGGAAAGCGCGCUUCGCGACCACGCGAGUCGUAGGCGCCGUGGUGGUCAAUCCGAGCACGACGAGCUAGAAUCUCAAGUGGAAGAAAAGUCAACCGAAGAAAAGGUAGCCGAGGCAAACAAGAGGGCUGUGAAGCGAGACUUCUUCGGGAGGGUCAUCAAGGAGACAGAUGCGAGUAGAAAGGAAGACAAGAGGAAGAAAGAGAGCGGAGAGAUGCAAGGCGAUGAGGGAAGAAUCUGGGUUAGCUUUCAUGAAGGGUUUUCAAAUGCAGUGCGGAAACCCGUCACCAUCGACGACAUACUACGGGGCCUCUAGCUAUACUGAGUAUAAUUUAUGCUAGACUUCCCUUUCUAAUAGAGCUCUUUCAGCUUUAUAACCUUUUCUUGUCUUGUCUAGCUAUUUCCUCAUUCUUUUAGUUCGAAUGGCCAGAUCUCUCUGAGAUCUUCUUCGCUCUUGAUCGGCUCAUCAUCAUCUGGGUGCUCAAUACCCAAGAUUUCCUGCAGCAUCCCCCUAAAUAACUCACGAUGCGCUAAUUCCGUUGCUUCCCAGUCCCCUGAAUGAACCCAACCAUCAGAUGCGGUAUUGAGCAAACCCGACAAACUAUGUCUCAGCUGGUGUGCUGCUUCAUAAAACUUGUAGUCCUUUUGGUGGACGGCAUAUUCGUCAGGAGUGGGUAAAGGAAAUGGACACGAUUCCGCAAAACCAAGCUCUUUCCAGCGUCGCGAAGUCUGGAUCAGCUCCUCGCGAAAGGCAACGGCGCCAUCCUCCCAAGUUCGUUGGCAAUAGCGAAAAGGCCG